AUGUGGAAGUUGAAGAUAGCCGAAGGUGGACCUUGGUUGACUACCGUAAACAAUCACGUAGGUCGACAACAUUGGGAGUUUGAUCCAGAUGCCGGAACACAGGAAGAACGAGAAGAAGUCGAAAGGGUUCGUGAGAAUUUUAAGAAAAACCGGUUUCGAAUCAAACAAAGUGCUGAUCUUUUGAUGAGAUUGCAGCUUAGGAAGGAAAACCACUGUGGACCCAUACCAGCUCCAGUGAAGGUGGAGGAAACGGAGGAGAUAACAGAAAAAGCAAUAACAACUACACUGAGAAGGGCUCUUAGCUUCUUUUCUUCCAUUCAAACCCAUGACGGUCAUUGGGCUGUUGAAUCUGCUGGUCCCUUGUUUUUCCUUCCACCUACGAUAAUAGCAUUGUACGUGACUGGAUCGCUUAAUGCAGUUUUAGGACAACAACACCAGAAGGAAAUGAUUCGCUACUUAUACAAUCAUCAGAAUGAAGAUGGAGGUUGGGGGCUGCACAUAGAAGGUCAAAGCACAAUAUUUGGGUCAACGCAAAACUACAUUGCCUUAAGGCUGCUUGGAGAGGGUCCUGAUGAUGGUGAAGACAGGGCUAUGGCUAGAGCCAGAAAAUGGAUUCUUGACCAUGGUGGUGCAGAGGGAAUCCCUUCCUGGGGAAAGUUUUUUCUUUCUGUGCUAGGUGUGUACGAGUAUUCAGGCUGCAACCCUACGCCGCCUGAGUUAUGGCUUCUACCAAAAACAUCUCCCAUCCAUCCAGGAAAAAUGUUGGGCCUUGCCCGGACUGUCUCCAUGCCAAUGUCAUACUUAUAUGGCAAGAAGUCUGUUGGUCCAAUUACUGGAUUGGUUCGAUCACUAAGACAAGAGCUCUACACUACGCCUUACCAUGAAAUAAACUGGGCUAAAGCCCGGAACAAGGUUGCCAAGGAGGAUCAGUGCUAUCCAACUCCCCUGAUGCAAGAUAUUCUAUGGGGAUUUCUUCACCAUGUUGCUGAACCAAUUCUCAGUCGUUGGCCAUUUUCUAGCUUGAGAGAGAAGGCGCUGAAAGCUGCAAUUGAGCACGUACAUUAUGAGGACGAGAAUAGUAGAUAUUUUUCCAUGGGAAAUCUCCCAAAGGCAUUGUCUAUGAUUGCUUGUUGGGUUGAGGAUCCAAAUUCAGAAGCUUACAAACUUCAUCUAGCAAGAAUACCAGAUUUAUUUUGGGUUGCUGAAGAUGGCUUGAAAAUUCAGAGCUUUGGCAGUCAAACGUGGGAUGCAGCUUUGGCAAUUCAAGCAAUACUCUCUUGUAACGUAAACGAAGAGUUUGGGCCAACACUUCGGAAGGCACAUGACUUCAUCAAGGCUUCACAGGUUAAAGACAAUCCUUCUGGCAACUUCACUGCUAUGCACCGACACAUAUCUAAAGGUGCAUGGACAUUCUCAAUUCCAGAUCAUGGCUGGCAAGUCUCCGACUGCACUGCGGAAGGAUUAAAGGCUGCACUCCUGCUCUCGCAAAUGUCACCAGAUCUUGUUGGAGAGAAAAUGGAAACAGAAUGUUUCUACAAUGCAGUGAAUGUCAUUCUUUCUUUGCAAAGCACCAAUGGUGGUUUUACUGCAUGGGAGCCUCAAAGUGCACCCCGUUGGGUGGAGGUACGUAGAGUGCACAUCAUCAGCAGUUCAAGUUUUAGUGCUCUUCAGGAAAUUGCAUCCCAAGCAUCGAAGCAUAGAAAUAGACAGUUGCAUAUCAGAGGAAUUCGUUACAUUGAAGACACACAAAAUCCUGAUGGUUCAUGGCUUGGACGUUGGGGUAUUUGCUACACAUAUGCUACAUGGUUUGCUACAGAGGCGCUAAUAGCCUGUGGGAAGAACCACCACAAUAGCCCCACAAUUAUGAGGAAAGCUUGUGAGUUUUUACUAUCAAAGCAGCUAAUUAAUGGAGGAUGGGGAGAGAGUUAUCUUUCUAGCCAAACCAGGGUGUAUACUAAUCGAGAAGGCAACCGUGCUCAUUUGGUCCAGACUGCUUGGGCCUUGUUAGCCCUCAUUAAUGCUGGACAGGCCGACAUAGAUCCAACGCCCAUCCAUCGUGGAAUGAGGUUAUUGAUCAAUUCACAAAUGGAGGAUGGUGACUUCCCUGAACAGGAAAUUACUGGACUAUUUAUGAGGCAUUGUAUAUUGCAUUACGCAAUAUAUCGAAAUAUCUUUCCGGUAUGGGCUCUCGGAGAAUAUCGACGACGUGUUCUACUGCAGAAGUCUUGA